UCUGAUAAGUGCCAAUGACAGAGUGAGUGGGCGAUCCGGAAUCAAUGUGAACGAGAAACCGGUUUGGAAAGUGGUUCUGGAGUUAAUGUGUAUGAGUAAAGUCGGCGUGAGUGAGUGAUCCGGAGUGGGUGCGCCGGCGGCGGAGAGUGAUCCGGAUCCGCAGGCGGGCAGGGGUCGCUCUCUCUCGCUCGCACUUGGAGCACCGCAGCCGCCGUACACACGCCGCUCAAGCACUGCCCAGCCCAGAGAGAGCGGCGGACAGGGAGGAGAGGCGAAGUGACACGGCCGCUACGGCGCCGGGGAUCCUGCUCUAGCUCGAGCGCUACAGCGGAGGCCGAUCCGAGGUGCCCUACAAUGUCCCUGAAACCACGUGUGGUGGAUUUCGAUGAAACAUGGAACAAGCUCCUGACAACAAUCAAAGCUGUUGUCAUGCUGGAUUACGUUGAGAGAGCGACUUGGAAUGACCGCUUUUCAGACAUAUAUGCUUUGUGUGUGGCCUACCCAGAACCUCUGGGAGAGCGACUCUACACAGAAACAAAAAUCUUUCUGGAAAAUCACGUCCAACUUCUAUACAAGAAAGUUUUGGAUUCUGAAGAAAAGAUUUUGAUAAUGUACCAUAAAUAUUGGGAAGAGUACAGUAAAGGUGCAGAUUAUAUGGACUGUUUAUAUAGAUAUCUCAACACACAGUUCAUCAAGAAGAACAAACUGACAGAAGCUGAUCUUCAGUAUGGAUAUGGUGGAGUGGACAUUAUUGAGCCAUUGAUGGAGAUAGGCGAGCUAGCUCUUGAUAUGUGGAAGAAGCUGAUGAUUGAGCCAUUACAGACCAUCCUUAUCCGAAUGCUUCUUCGUGAAAUAAAAAAUGAUCGUUGUGGAGAAAAUCUAAAUCAAAAAGUAAUCCAUGGGGUUAUUAACUCCUUUGUUCAUGUUGAACAGUACAAGAAAAAGUUUCCCCUUAAGUUUUAUCAGGAUCUCUUCGAAGGUCCAUUUUUGCAGGAAACGGGAGAGUAUUACAAACAAGAAGCUUCAAAUUUCCUUCAAGAGGCAAACUGUUCACAGUAUAUGGAAAAGGUUUUAGCAAGAUUGAAAGAUGAAGAAGUUCGAUGCCGAAAGUACUUGCAUCCUAGCUCGUAUGCCAAAGUGAUUCACGAAUGCCAGCAACGAAUGGUAGCAGACCAUCUGCAUUUUCUACAUGGAGAGUGCCAGAAUAUCAUUAAGCAAGAAAGACGAGAAGCAGAUAUGGCAAACAUCUAUACUUUACUUCGCGCAGUUUCAAAUGGUUUACCUCACAUGAUCCAAGAGCUUCAAAAUCAUAUUCAUGAUGAGGGCCUUAGAUCCAUCAGUAACCUCUCUCAGGAAAAUAUGCCUACGCUGUUUGUGGAAUCUGUUCUUGAAGUUCACGGUAAAUUUCUUCAACUUAUCAGCUCAGUCCUUAAUGGUGAUCAGCAUUUUAUGAGUGCACUUGAUAAAGCUCUAACAUCAGUAGUCAACUAUAGGGAGCCCAAGUCGUCUUGCAAGGCUCCUGAACUGCUAGCUAAAUACUGUGACAACUUAUUAAAGAAAUCUGCGAAAGGAAUGACAGAAAAUGAAGUUGAGGACAAACUGACUAGCUUCAUUACAGUUUUCAAGUACAUUGAUGACAAAGAUGUCUUUCAGAAGUUCUAUGCCAGAAUGUUGGCGAAGCGAUUGAUACAUGGUCUCUCUAUGUCUAUGGAUUCAGAGGAAGCAAUGAUUAAUAAACUCAAGCAAGCCUGUGGAUAUGAGUUUACCAGCAAACUUCAUAGGAUGUACACUGAUAUGAAUGUCAGUGCUGACCUCAAUAACAAAUUUACAGCCACUUUCUUAAGACAACAGGACACUGUAAUAGAUCUUGGAAUCAGCUUUCAGAUCUAUGUUCUACAGGCAGGUGCAUGGCCACUGACACAAGCACCCUCAUCUACAUUUGCCAUCCCUCAAGAACUGGAAAAGAGUGCACACUUGUUUGAAUUGUUUUACAAUCAACACUUCAGUGGGCGGAAGCUUACCUGGCUGCACUACCUUUGUACAGGUGAAGUAAAAAUGAACUAUUUAUCAAAGCCUUACGUGGCUAUGGUCACUACAUACCAAAUGGCGGUGUUGCUAGCAUUUAACAACAGUGAAAUCGUCAGCUACAAGGAACUCCAAGACAGCACACAGAUGAAUGACAAAGAACUUAGCAAAACCAUUAAAUCCUUGCUUGAUGUAAAAAUGAUCAACCAUGACUCUAGCAAGGAAGAUAUUGACUUGGAUUCAAUUUUCUCUUUGAACAUGGUUUUCAGCAGUAAAAGGACAAAGUUUAAAAUUACAACCUCCAUGCAAAAAGAUACACCCCAAGAGAUGGAACAAACUAGAAGUGCGGUCGAUGAGGACAGGAAAAUGUAUCUGCAGGCUGCUAUAGUGCGCAUCAUGAAAGCACGUAAAGUGCUCCGACACAAUGCACUUAUUCAAGAGGUAAUAAGCCAAUCAAGAGCAAGAUUCAAUCCUAGUAUCAGCAUGAUCAAGAAAUGCAUUGAAGUCCUCAUUGACAAACAAUAUAUUGAGCGUAGCCAGGCCUCGGCAGACGAGUACAGUUAUGUAGCUUGAUCCAAACUGUUGGCAUUUGGCUUUGUCUGAGUAUGGUGCAAAGACCUGCUGUGUCACUGUUUGAUGUGUUCCUGUGAAAUGAAGCAGAGCUGUGCCUCCACCAGGUUUUUCAGCCCACCACCUGGCAGUCCUUUCUCUGCUGUUUACAGUCUAACCAGUGCCACAUUGCAAGCGUCAAUGCCGAUAGAUCUCCCAACUCAUGUCAUCACAACAUUAGAGUAAAGUGGGAAUAUUCUGGGUGCCAUGUUAAUCUCACCGGUUCAGUUGAAAUAUUUUAAAAGAUAAUUUAAAAUUAAACUGUAAUAUGACAAAUAAUUGUGUUUACACUGUAAAUUUUGCAUCCAAUAUUGCAUAUAGCAAACAUGGCACUGUUACUUCACAAAUAAAGCCUGUAUUCUACCUGGGGUUUAUCUAGGUUUCAAUGAAGUAAACCAUUACACCAGUGUACUCUGCAUAUCACCCAGAUGAGCAGAUUUAUGUACUUCAUAAAUACUGAGAUUUUCCUGAACUGUCACUACAGGAACAUCAUGAGGAAUGUCUGAACUGGUUUGCACUUCCAUUAAAGGGAUUUUUGUCCGGUUGAUUUCUUUCAGUGUUUCUCGUGUGCAUUGAUGAUUGUCAUAAAUCCUCCAAGCCUUAAUUCUUUAA